UCUGCUCGGCUCAUAUCAGACUGUGUUGUGUUUGUGUGUGUAGUAAAUGUUUACCGCUGUGCUGAGUGCAGAAAAGAAAUUUCAAACAAGCGUUCAAGUGCACGCAACAACAAUAAAAACAAACAAAAAUAACAAAUAAGUUGAAGAAUACACGCUUCAUACACAAAUAGCUCGUGCUCAACUAAUAAAUCCAUAUUUAUGUAUAUUCGUGCGUCCGUAUGUAAAUGAGCAAUUGUCAAUUAUAAACUGCGAAGGCGAAUUAUGGAGCAGAAAAGUGUUGUAAACUUUACAAACUGGCGCGCUGGUCUAAUUGCUGCGCUGUUCUGCACUGUUUGGCUGAGCUUAGGGUGUGGGCGUGUGGAUGGGGAGUCAGUUUAUGUGCAGGACUUGAAGGGCCUAUCAUGGACGCUAACGAAUGGCACUUACACCAACACUAAAGUGAAAAUACCUUCGGGAGUAUACAGCGCCAUAGCAGGGGAAGAUGUGCUCAAGUCCUACAACGAUGUGGAUAUGCGUUACAUUUCAUACGACAACUGGACAUAUUCCUUAGAGUUUGCCGAGGAAAUUAAAGAUUCGCGUCUAGUCAACCUCACAUUUCAUGGCAUUGACACGAUUUCGGAAAUUUACCUCAAUGGCCAUUUACUCGGCCACACCGACAAUAUGUUUGUGCGUUACACCUACGAAGUGGGCCACAUUUUGCAGGAUGUGAACCGAUUGGUGGUGCGUUUGAUAUCGCCCGUGCAUGCGGCGCGUAUGCGAGCUGAUGCGUUGACGGCGCGUAAUAUGUCUGUGCCGCCCGCGUGCCCGCCCGCCAGCUAUCGCGGUGAAUGCCACGUGAAUAUGCUGCGUAAAAUGCAGGCGAGCUUUUCGUGGGAUUGGGGCUUGGCGGCACCGUCAAUGGGUAUUUGGAAACACGUAACGUUGGAGUUCUAUGAGGUGGCCUUGAUUCGUGAUGUGGAUGUGGCAAUUAGUCGCAAUGAGACACAUUGGAAUAUGCAUACGCGCGUUUUUAUUGAUUCCGGCGGCAGGAAAGAUUUCUAUGCUGAACUUAAAUUCUAUGCGAUUGAACUUAUGGAGGAACCCGUGGUCAUAAGUACAUAUGCCAAGAAGAGGCUUUCAUGGCACAAUCCAGUUAUUACUUUCGAUCAAGCAUUUCCCAUUGAUAGUGUCACGCUUUGGUGGCCAAAUGGUUAUGGUGAGCAAAAACUAUAUCCACUACAUUUCUCAUUAAAAACUUGGCUUAACCGAACCGGAUCGAGCUUGCGAGCACGUACUUCAUCCACUAAGAAUAUACGCGUAGGCUUCCGCACCAUUGAGUUGGUAGAAGAUGCGGCGAGAGAAGGCACUGGAAACUACUUUUUGUUCAAAGUGAAUGGCGUCGAGAUCUUCAUGAAAGGCACCAAUUACAUACCCAUGCAUGUACUGCCAGAGUAUAGUUAUGAAGAGGAGAAAAUACGCAUUCUAAUGGGGGCUGUGAAGGAUGCUCACAUGAAUAUGAUUCGGGUUUGGGGCGGUGGCAACUAUGAGAGUAACGAGUUCUAUGACAAGGCGGAUCAAUUUGGUAUACUCAUCUGGCAGGAUAUGAUGUUCGCAUGCGCUAUGUAUCCCACGAGUGAUGAGUUUUUGGCUUCGGUCCGUACUGAGGUCAUACAGAAUGCCAAACGAAUUGCUUAUCAUCCGAGUAUUGCGAUAUUUGCGACGAAUAAUGAAAACGAAGCGGCCUUGGUAGGUAAUUGGUAUGGCACAGCCGGUGAUCGUGCGCGUUUCGAGGCCGAGUAUCGUGAAUUGUAUGUUGGCACUGUCUUCCAUGAAUUGAAAAUCAUUCAGAAUAGUUUUAGACCGAAACCAUUGAUCUCAUCACCAUCGAAUGGGAAGGCCAGUGAAAAGGAUAAUUAUAUAUCGGAUAAUCCACAAAAUGAGAAUUACGGCGAUAUACAUUUCUACAGUAAUUACGAGGAUGCUUGGAAUCCAAAUAUUUAUCGCCGCCCACGUUUUGCUUCCGAGUACGGUUUCCAGAGCUUGCCGAAGCUAACCUCUUGGCAGUUAAGCAUGGCGUCGACAGAUGAACUGCUUAAUUUAAUACAUCACCGUCAGCACCAUCCUUCCAAUAUGACGAUGAUAAUUGCUUUGAUACGUCGUCAUCUACCACUGCCACUGCCAGAGGAUGACAAUUAUGUGGAGGCUUUGAUUUACUUCAGUCAAAUCUCACAGGCCAUGGUUACGAAAACAGAAACGGAGCUAUACCGCAGUUUGCGUGACACGGAGCACCAUACAAUGGGUGCUCUCUAUUGGCAGCUGAACGAUGUGUGGGUCGCACCCUCUUGGUCGAGCAUUGAUUUCUAUGGCAACUAUAAACUGCUACAUUACUGGGCUAAAUAUUUCAUGGCGCCCAUACAUAUAGUUGCGUUGUACGACUCCGAUCAGGAUGCGUUGAAUGUGUCAUUGAUUUGUGACAAGCUGGAAGUUGACUUUAGAGGACUUGAGGUCUCUAUGAAUAUUUACAAAUGGUCUGAUUUAUUUCCGAAAAAGCAAACUGUUUGGCCGGUCAUUUUGAAACCCAAUGGCGUACAAUAUGACAAGAUAAUACCGAUUACAAGCAUCUUCCGAGGAGGUUUUACCAAAACCAACUCCUUCGUCGAGUUCAUCUUGCGUGAUAAUACGACGACACUCGCACGCAAUUUUUACUUUCCCAGCGCGAUUAAGGAUGCAGAGGGCGUAGAAGAUCCCAAAGUGACGUUAAGCGUCUUCUAUUCAUACUGCUAUAAAGUGAAUAAUCAAUUUGCGAAUAUUAUCAGUUUGAAUAUUGUCAUUUCAAGACCGGCUAUUUUUCUCUACCUCGAGCUGCUCAACAUCGAUAUUACACGGUAUAAAUUGUCGCAUAACGGUUUUAUGAUGUUGGCGCCAACCAAGAUGGUACAUUUGGAAUUCAUUAGCGAUGAGUGUAAGGAUGUGAAGGAAGAAAAUUUUAAAAUGACAACAGUCAAUCAAUAUAUGAUAUAAUGUGUGUGCUCUCUGAAAUUUUUUUAUCCUCUAAGAAUAUUUGUUUAAUGCCAAAGAGUUUGUCGAUAACAAAGAAACUCACAAAUAACAAUUCGAUAAAAAUA